GAGAAGGGGAUCCUAAGGGACUGAACAAUUUUGGCCUACCUCUGUCGUAGAGUAAAAUAUCGACAUUAUAUUUUGCUGUUCUCGUUGUGCAAUAACCGUGUGGUCAUUUUGGAAGGAGAUAUUCAUCAAGUUAAAUCACCGAAACGCCGUUAUUAUGAAGAAAAAUAGCAACUGACUAGCGAACGAGCAACAGCGAUGACUGACAGUUGAGUGGAAAUCUCAGCGUUGACUGAAUCGAGUUUGCUGUUUGAUUUCUUUUUUUCUCCAUACACGGUUCAGAUUAGUUUAUAUUACUUGAAGUUGUAAACGACAUAGUAAUCGUUAGUAUUUUGCGUUUAUUCAAGAAGAUAUGUUUGUGAAAGACAGCAGCCAUGAGUAGUGACCCGUGGGUUUCGUUUACUACUGUACGCCACGCGUGCCUUGCAUGAACCUGAAGUUGUCAAAAGCGAAGCUACAGAAUUCAGGACUGUGCGACGGGGGAAAUUGCUGCACUUUACAAGCUGCGGUUUAGGUUUUCUUUCAAUGUACGGGAAUAGGCAAUUUACUUAGUAACUACAUACAUAGCAACAUCCAUAGCGAGUGUUACCGGAAGCGUAAUUCAAUUGAGAGUUGAUAUCUUUCUAAUCGCACAAACUUUGUGGCCUCCUGCCCAUUCAGCUAACGGUAACGUUAGCUAGCAGCUAGCUAACGUUACUCCCCCUUCUCUGCAACGCUAGAGACUGCGGAUUGUAUCAACACUUGAAAAGACGCAAUGCGAUGCAAUUUAUUGCAAAGUGAGACUUUUCCUUUGUUUAGCCACAAUGAUUCUCACGGUUGCGUUUGUUUGUGGUGAUUUUGAAUAUCCCUCUGACCUGUGCAGUUAACUAGCUGAAGCUAACCAGUGAGUUAGCUCGCUAAGUUAGCUAGUAGUGAACACGUUGGACCCUCCGCCCAUUUUUCCGGGAUGACCGUUUUUUAUUUUUGUUUACCUGUGGUUUAACUAACAAACCAAACGACAGCUACACCUUGCCAGCUAAUUUUAAUCGAGUUGACUCGGAUUCUUCCCCAGACAGUUGCUCUCUACUGUGUUGUCGGUCGGAUAUUGACUAGAGUUGAGUCAAUAUGUGUCCGCGGACUUUCCUUGUGUUUUUUGUGACUGCUGUCUACGUAUGGAAUUGUCAGCAAACGAAUGGAGAAAGUACAGAAAUCUCCACUGGAAUCUGCUCCAGUAAGGACAUCCGGAACAACGUGACCAACCUGCGCUCCCUGGAGAACUGCACGGUCAUCGAGGGCCACCUGAAAAUCAUCCUCAUGUUCAAGACCAAGCCCGAGGACUUCAGGGGUCUCAGUUACCCAAAACUGACAGUGGUCACAGACUUCCUGCUCCUGUUCAGGGUCUACGGUAUGGAGAGUCUCAAAGACCUCUUCCCCAACCUCACUGUGAUCCGAGGUAACAACCUGUUCUUCAACUACGCUCUGGUCUUCUUUGAAAUGCUGCAGCUCAGGGAUAUCGGUCUCCAUAGCCUGAUGAACAUCACCCGAGGAGCGGUGAGGAUCGAGAAGAACCCGGACCUCUGCUACCUCUCCACCCUGGACUGGUCCAAGAUCCUGGACACGGUGGAGGACAACUAUAUUGUGUCAAAUAAGAACGACAGGGAGUGCGGGGACGUGUGUCCCGGGGCGUUGGCCAAGGGGAAGGCUACCUGUCAACAGACCACCAUCAAUGGGAACUUCAACGAACGUUGCUGGACGCAUAAGCACUGCCAGAGAAUGUGUCCCACCAGCUGUAAGCACCGGGCCUGUACCAGAGACAACCAAUGUUGCCAUGAACAGUGUCUGGGAGGCUGCUCUGAGCCCCACAACAGCAGCAGCUGUGUUGCCUGCAAGAACCUCCAGCACCAGGAGGCCUGUGUGGACCGCUGUCCCCAGGGAUACUACACCUAUAGGGGCUGGCGCUGUGUCCCUUUCUCCUUCUGCCAGGACCUCCACAACAAGUGUAAGCAGAGCAAGAACAGCGACUGCCACCAGUUUGUCAUCCACAAUGGAGCCUGUAUACCGGAGUGCCCCUCCGGGUAUACUACUGUAAACUCUACCACGUUGGUCUGUACUCCGUGUGCUGGGCUAUGUCCUAAGGUGUGUAUGGGCCUGAAGAUGGUGGACUCUGUGACAGCAGCCCAGGCUCUGAGAGGAUGCACCGUUCUCAACGGCAGCAUGGAUAUCAACCUUAGAGGAGGAAAUAACAUAGCAGCAGAGCUGGAGGCUAACCUUGGACAGCUGGAGGAGAUUACAGGCUUCCUGAAGGUCCGGCGCUCCUACGCUCUCGUCUCGCUCUCUUUCCUCCGCAACCUACGGGUCAUCAGAGGGGACACACUGAUGGAUGGGGGCUACUCGUUCUACGCACAUGACAACCAGAACUUGCGUCAGCUGUGGGACUGGAGCCAACACAACCUGAGCAUCCUGCAGGGACGCAUGUUCUUUCAACUCAACGCUAAGCUCUGUAUGUCAGAGAUACGCAAGAUGGAGGAGGUGACGGGCACCAGAGACAGGCAUACCAAGAACAACAUCGUAUCAAAGACCAACGGAGACCAGGCCUCCUGUGAGAACCAGGAGUUAAGGUUUACCCAGGUGCGUGCUACACAUGAUAAGAUCAUGAUCAAGUGGGAACCGUUCUGGCCUCCCGACUUCAGAGACCUGCUGGGCUUCAUGGUCUUCUACAAGGAAGCGCCCUACCCCAACGUGACAGAGUUUGAUGGCCAGGAUGCGUGUGGUUCCAACUGGGUAAUAAUUGACGUGGACCCCCCAGCUCGGGCAACAGAGGGAAACCCACAACAGGAGCCAGGUACCUUGAUCUUGUCUUUGAAGCCCUGGACGCAGUACGCCAUCAUGGUCAAGACCCAGCUCUCUGCCUCUGAUGAACACCAGGUCCUCGGGGCCAAGAGCAAGAUCACCUACGUCAGGACAGAUGCCACCAAGCCGUCAGUGCCCCUGGACCCCAUCUCCUCCUCCAACUCUUCCUCUCAGAUCCUCCUGAAGUGGAAACCUCCCACGGACCCCAACGGGAACAUCACUCACUACCUGGUGUACUGUCAGCAGCAGCCUGAGGCCAGCGAACUCUACAAGUUCGAUUACUGUCAGAAAGGUAUGAAGCUGCCUUCGCGGGUGCCCACCCAGGUCGACAGUGACGAAGAGGCUAAGUGGAACCAGACUGAGGAUGAGGGUCAGGGUGGCCGCUGUUGUGCCUGUCCCAAAACAGAGAAACAACUGAAGAAGGAGGCUGAGGACUCAGAGUACCGCAAGACCUUUGAGAACUACAUCCACAAUGAGGUCUUCCUGCUCAAAUCAACCAGACAGCGCCGCUCAGCCAUGGGCGUAGCUAAUGAGACACAGCCUUCGUUCGUGACAAAGCCUCCCACCCUGCCGGAAGGUUACGCCACCCGCGGCCCAGACGACGAUGAGGAUGGUGUGGAGAGCACUAAGAUCCAGCUGACUGUGUUCUCCAAGGAGUCCACGGUCAUCUCCGGCCUCCGACACUUCACCUCGUACCAGAUCGAUGUGUUGGCCUGCAACCACCCCACAAACCCCUCACGCUGCAGUAUGGCAGCCUUCGUCUCAGCUCGCACCAUGCCUGAGGACAAAGCAGAUGACAUCGUGGGCCCCAUCAGCUAUGAUGUGUCUGAGUACUCUGUUCACAUCAAAUGGCUGGAGCCUAAAGCUCCCAAUGGAAUGAUCAUCCUGUACGAAGUCAACUACAAGAGACUGGGAGACACAGAGGAGUUGCACCACUGUGUGUCCAGGAAGAUGUACCAGCAGUCGGAGGGCAGCAGGCUGAGAGUGGUGCACCCUGGGAACUACACUGUGAGGAUCCGAGCCACGUCGCUGGCAGGAAACGGCUCCUGGACCGACCCCACACACUUCUACGUACAGGACCUCCGGGUGGACCCAUCCAACCUAUUGAUUAUCAUUGGUCCAGUCAUCUUCAUGGUUCUACUGAUACUGGUGGCAGCGGGAGGAUUCGUCAUGUUCAGGAAGAAGCAAACCCAGGGCCCCUCUGGACCCCUCUACACCUCCUCUAACCCAGAGUACCUCAGUGCUGCUGACAUGUACGAGCCAGACGACUGGGAGGUGGGCAGGGAUAAGAUUAACAUCCUACGAGAGCUGGGUCAGGGCUCGUUCGGAAUGGUCUACGAGGGCAUCGCCAAGGACAUCGUGAAGGGAGAGCCGGAGUCACACGUGGCUGUGAAGACGGUCAACGAGUCGGCUAGUCUGAGAGAGAGGAUAGAGUUCCUCAACGAGGCCUCCGUCAUGAAGGGCUUCACCUGUCACCAUGUGGUGCGUCUGAUGGGUGUGGUCUCUAAGGGCCAGCCCACUCUAGUUGUCAUGGAGCUGAUGACCCAUGGCGACCUGAAGAGCUACCUGCGCUGCCUCCGCCCCGACUCUGAGAAUAACCCUACUGGGCGCCCGCCCCCCACGCUGAGGGAGAUGGUCCAGAUGACAGCAGAGAUAGCAGACGGCAUGGCCUACCUCAACGCCAAAAAGUUUGUCCACAGAGAUCUGGCCGCUAGGAACUGCAUGGUGGCACAGGACUUCACUGUCAAGAUAGGAGACUUUGGUAUGACCAGAGACAUCUAUGAGACGGACUACUACCGUAAGGGAGGAAAGGGUCUUCUUCCUGUCCGCUGGAUGGCUCCUGAGUCUCUAAAGGACGGAGUGUUCACUGCACACUCUGACUGCUGGUCAUUUGGGGUGGUGUUGUGGGAGAUCAGUACCCUAGCAGAGCAGCCGUACCAGGGCCUGUCUAACGAGCAGGUCCUGAAGUUCGUCAUGGAUGGAGGAUAUCUGGACCGACCAGACAACUGUGCUGACCGGCUACACAAUCUGAUGUCAAUGUCCUGGCAGUACAACCCCAAGCUGCGUCCCAGCUUCCAGGAGAUCAUUGAGAUGCUCCACGAGGACCUUCACCAGUCCUUCCAGGAGGUCUCCUUCUACUAUAGCCAGGAGAACAAGCCUCCGGAGCAGGAGGACUUUGACCUGGACAUGGACAACAUGGAGAGCAUUCCCCUAGACCCAUCCUCUUACUCUCAGAGAGGGGACCACAGUUCCUCUUACUCUCAGAGAGGGGACCACAGUUCCUCUUACUCCCAGAGAGGGGACCACAGCUCUGAGCGGGACGAGGCGGGUUCGUCACUGGGGUUGAGACAAAACAACUACGAGGAACACAUCCCGUACACACACAUGAACGGGGGAAAGACUAACGGACAACAGACACUAGCCCUCCCUCGGUCUAGUCCCUCCUAACAGAACAUUAAAUGGGGUAAGGGUCUAGUCCCUCCUAACAGAACAUUAUAUGGGGUACGGGUCUAGUCCCUUCUAACAGAACAUUAAAUGGGGCAAGGGUCUAGUCCCUCCUAACAGAACAUUAAAUGGGGCAAGGGUCUAGUCCCUCCUAACAGAACAUUAAAUGGGGCAAGGGUCUAGUCCCUCCUAACAGAACAUUAAAUGGGGCACGGGUCUAGUCCCUCCUAACAUAACAUUAUAUGGGGUAAGGGUCUAGUCCCUCCUAACAGAACAUUAUAUGGGGUAAGGGGCUAGUCCCGCCUAACAGAACAUUAUAUGGGUUAAGGGUCUAGUCCUCCUAACAGAACAUUAUAUGGGGUACGGGUCUAGUCCCUCCUAACAGAACAUUAUAUGGGGUAAGGGUCUAGUCCCUCCUAACAGAACAUUAUAUGGGGUAAGGGUCUAGUCCCUCCUAACAGAACAUUAUAUGGGGCAAGGGUCUAGUCCCUCCUAACAGAACAUUAUAUGGGGUAAGGGUCUAGUCCCUCCUAACAAAACAUUAUAUGGGGUAAGGGUCUAGUCCCUCCUAACAGAACAUUAUAUGGGGUACGGGUCUAGUCCCUCCUAACAGAACAUUAUAUGGGGUAAGGGUCUAGUCCCUCCUAACAGAACAUUAUAUGGGGUAAGGGUCUAGUCCCUCCUAACAGAACAUUAUCCCCAUGUCUUUCCCUCACACAGAUGAAUUGAUAUGAAUAUAGUUUUGUUGUUUUGUAUAGAUGAUCACUUUUUUCACUUGUUCAGAGGCCUCCUGGAAGUACACAUCUCAGGACAUUAUUGCUCUCUGUUGUCAAGAUGCCACCCUCAUUACACUACAGUAUGUAGCCAUGUUGUCCAAUGUCAACCAGGAGAGAACAUACAACCAACCACACGUACACUUUUUGUAUUCAAGAAAGACAAACCUCCCUCUACUGCUUCUCUCUUGUACUCAACCUUUUUUUUCUUUUUUUAAUAUUGCCAAGUUUCCACGAAUGUGUGGCGGAGGUAGAAAUCAACUGUGAAAAGAAUUCAACUUUGGGUCAACCUGAAGGCUGCUAACCCCAGGACUCUCCAGACUGUCCCUUCCCCAAGCUGAGGCUCUCUCCCUGGGCAGCUCAGCCCUCCCUGGGCCAUGGAGGUCCCCCAUGGUGUCGCUCAGUGUAAAAGUGCCCUUUUAUCUCUGUCUGUGACCUGCAUCUUAUGUCAUGGAGCUGUGUCUGUCUGACCUGCAUCUUAUGUCAUGGAGCUGUGUCUCUGUCUGUGACCUGCAUCUUAUGUCAUGGAGCUGUGUCUGUCUGUGACCUGCAUCUUAUGUCAUGGAGCUGUGUCUCUGUCUGUGACCUGCAUCUUAUGUCAUGGAGCUGUGUCUGUCUGUGACCUGCAUCUUAUGUCAUGGAGCUGUGUCUGUCUGUGACAUGCAUCUUAUGUCAUGGAGCUGUGUCUCUGUCUGUGACCUGCAUCUUAUGUCAUGGAGCUGUGUGUCUGUCUGUGACCUGCAUCUUAUGUCAUGGAGCUGUGUCUCUGUCUGUGACCUGCAUCUUAUGUCAUGGAGCUGUGUCUGUCUGUGACCUCCAUCUUAUGUCAUGGAGCUGUGUCUGUCUGUGACAUGCAUCUUAUGUCAUGGAGCUGUGUCUGUCUGUGACCUGCAUUGAAUGUCAUGGAGCUGUCUCUUUGUCCUCUGAAGUUGUCAAGGAACGACAGACUUUCUGAGACUUGAGAACUAGCUAACUUUUGGAUUGAUGAAUGUGUCAAAUCCAUUUUCGAAUCUUCGAAACAAACUUUAUCGAUCCACUGGAGAAGCUUGUUGUCAUCUCUCCUCACACUCUGCAGUAUUACAAACAUCACAUAAAGAAUUAACAUAUUUCUUUGGUUAUAUAUUUUUUAUUUAUUUAGGUUUCAUUUUCUCAUUUUGAGUUUUCACAUUUACAGCUGAAGGAUAUUUAAAAAUCUGUUUGAGGGGGGGGGAAAAACAUUUUUACAAAAAGAAAACGAGUUCCUCAGAUGACCAAUAGAUGCUUCUUUUGGUAUAUUUUAGUGGGUAUAGAAAAUAUAAAUAUAUAUAUAUAUAAAUAUAUUAUUGAUGGUUUUUUCUACAUAGUUGUUGACAUUGUGUUUCAUGAGGUAUUUCCGGUCUGUAGGAAAAAAAAUGUUUUUACAUGUUUGUCUCUUAUGUUUAUUUUUUCUAAUCCAGAAAUCAUACUAAUAAUCAUUUGGACUUGUGAUCAACAAACAGCACUUGGUCUUUCCUCUCCGUAUCAGAUGCACAGUAAGCGGAGGAGGAGGAGGAGCUUGGCUUGGCCCGUUGAUAUCAAAUCAAACUGUCUGCUCUAGAUAAAUAAAGCAGUGUGGUGCAACAUGA